AUGGUCGGAAACGAAUCAUAUAACCUGAAUGGCGACGCUCACAAAGAAAACGGAGAAGAUUUAAAACAAGAUAUUGACAAAAUAAAUUCCAUAAAAUCAAGAAAUAGCCACGAAAUCCUAGCACGUUUUGUUAUAGAGGGCUCGCCAGCUGGAGAAAGAGUAAAAUUCGAAGGAUUAGAUGAUAAUAGUAUUUGUUCCGAUGAGACUGAUGAAAAUAAAUUGCCUCCUAUUCCCGACGGUGGUUGGGGUUGGGUGGUUGUAUUCGCGGCCUUUUUAGUAUCAGCCUGUGCUGAUGGAUUAGCUUACUCUUUCGGUAUAUUGCACGAAGAGUUCAUUAAUUACUUCGAUGCAUCACAAUCAAAAACCUCUCUUAUUGGAAGCUUAUUUAUAUCUAUACCUUUGAUUUCCGGACCCAUCAUGAGUGCUCUAGUAGAUAGGUAUGGUUGCAGAACGAUGACUAUGAUUGCUGGGGUUCUAUCUACAUGUGGCUUCUUACUGUCUGCAUUAAGCGAUUCUAUUGAAAUGCUUUGCCUAACCUUGGGUACACUCAGUGGAUUAGCUAUGGGAAUUUUAUAUGUUACAUCAGUUGUAUCUGUUGCUUUUUGGUUUGAUAAGCGAAGAACUUUAGCCGUAUCAUUAGCUUCAUGUGGAAUCGGGUUCGGUACUUUAAUAUAUUCGCCUUUGACGAAUUAUUUUAUAGAAUUAUAUGAUUGGAGAAACACGUUGGUGCUAUUGGCAGGUACUAUACUAAAUAUGUGUGUUUGUGGUGCAUUAAUGAGAGACCCCGAUUGGCUCAUAGUUAAAGAAGCCAGGGAAAAAAAAGGAGCAAAGACUAGACAUAGAAAGUCUUCUAGCGCCGGUUCUGUCUCAUCUAGAUCAGUAGGAGGAGAGUCAGCCUUCUUAAACAUAGAUGAAUUAAAUGAUCUAUUAAAGAGUGGAGAAAGUCCUGAAUAUAUUUUGGACACACUAACGACGACAUUAGCUGAAGCCAAACAGUUGGCGGUAACAACACAGAUGAAUGCAGAGCAAUCCUGUAAAAGAACGCAUUCUGACAUACAACUGCCAACUUUUAUUCAAAGACAUGAUAAGAUACCUACGGAAGUGAUCGAACGGUUAAUGAAAAAUAAAAAACUGUACAGAAUAAUACUAGAAAACUAUCCUCAUUUAAUAACUAGAAGACGAUCAGAGGAAAAUUUACAUGUUGACAUUGUCGAUAAAAAUAACGUGGACGAACCAGUACCAAUGAAAGUGACCGUUAUGGCGAAAAGACCGAAAGAAGAAGACAAAUCUAAAACGACGAAAAAGAGUUCCGAUGCACCAGAUUCUAGUAAACCAACGAGAUCUCAAGAUAACCCAAAAACUAUUCCAAAGAGUGAAACGAAAACAUCAGUAGUCGAUUAUAAAAAAGAUAACAACAUGAGUAUCGAAAAAGGUACCCAAGAAAAAAUACACGUCAAUAAAGAUCACCCUAAAACCCUACCGACUACCGCUAGCUGGAUUUCCAGACAAUUUAACACCGAUCAUCAUUAUCUUCGUGACAUGCCGCUUUAUAGAAAUACAAUAAUGCAUCGUGGAGCCAUGAUGAAUAUACCAAGGUACAAGCUCAGAGCUUCAUCGUUGCCAGACAUUUAUAAAAAUUCAACAUGGUCUCUCAAUUCGUAUUAUUCAGAUGAUGCACGGAAAUGGUACCAGCGCUUAAUGGAUGGCCUAAAAUCUAUAUUUGAUAUGAGGAUGUUCAUCGAAUUUCACUUCAUUAUGUUCAACAUUGGCUCUCUCCUAUUAUUUGUUUGGGCGAUUAUACCUUACUUCUUUCUGAAAUCCUAUAUGACCUCUGUUAAUAUGGAAGGAGGAGCUCUGAUGAUAAGCGUCAUUGGUAUCGCCAGUGGAUUUGGUAUAGUGGCUCUGGGAUGGGCCGGCGACCAACCUUGGAUCAACGUAACUAAAGCCUACGCGACUUGUCUUAUUAUAUGUGGGAUUUCUGUUGGGGCCUAUCCACUAUUCAUCACCAACUACUGGGGGCUUGUGGUGAUUUCUACAAUCUUCGGAGUGUCCUAUGCAAGUUCUUACUCCUAUACCCCGGCUAUUCUUAUGGAGUUGAUGCCAAUCGAUUAUUUUACUAUUGCUUACGGGUUUAUACUUUUAAGUCAGGGUGUGGGACAUUUGAUGGGACCACCACUUGGAGGUCUGUUAUUUGACUUAACCGGAAACUGGGAGUCUACGUUCUACGGUGGAGGUGUGUGGCUUGUCAUAUCUGGUAUAAGCAUUGGUAUAAUACCAUACACGAAGAACAGAAGGAUAUGGGGUAAAGGCCCCUUACUCAAGGACCUUGAAGAGGCUCAAAGCACAAAGAACUCAGUGAAUGUUUAA